AUUACGUAUAAAUUAAAUAAAAUUCGUAAAUGAUUUUAUUUUAUAAGACAUAGCUUACACAUCUUAGAUUAUGUCAAUCACAUAUUUUAUUAAAAUUUAACAUAUUUCAGUAUGUCAAAAAUGAAAGCGCGAUAAAAAAAUUUGACGCACAUUGACAACAUAAAAAUGCGAUUCCGCUGUAGAUUGAGGAUUCGUCACGUCACAUAUAUAUAAUAUUUAUAAUAUAGAACGAUUUUUACGGUAAAAAACCUUACCUUUUAUCUUGAGAUAAGAUAUUAUUAUCAAUAGGGAAGAAAGUGGUCUUUUACGGUUGACGUGAGAAUAAAAUAUUUUUCAAACAAUGGAUAUUCUGAAACCCGAAUUAAUUUGGGUAGAUGGCCGAUGUUAUAGAGUAUUAGAAAAUAUUGAACGGACGGAUGCUCGCGACGUUCCUCCUUACUUCGAAGACAAUAAUUACCAUUUGGAUGACAAAGAUUCUGAGGAUGAAUAUUACGAUACAGAUAUAGAAAUUGUACCAUAUGGAUCAACAAAAUUUAAACAUACAUUUCGUGUACCAAAAGCCUUUUUUCCAUAUAUUAUUGGAGCUAAACAUGCAGUACGUAAAAGAUUAGAAAGUGAAACUAGAACGUUAAUACAAAUCCCAAAAUUGGGCCAAGAUGGAGAUAUUGUAAUAAUUGGUUCUGACCGCAAGGGAAUAAUAACUGCACGUCGAAGAAUAAAUUUAUUAAUGGAAGCAACUAGGAAGAAAUUAGAAUUUACACACUUUUUAUCAAUACCUUUAAAUGAAGGUCAUAUAAUAAUGAAGUUUAAUAUGUUUAAAAAUGAAGUCCUGACAAAUUCAGGAAAACAAUCCAGAGGUGUGGAUGAAACAAUUUUCCAAACACCAAGUAAAUUACAUCUUACUAUUGGUUUAAUGACAUUACUUGAUGAAACAGAAAGAAAUAAAGCUAUAGAAGCUUUAAAUUAUUGUAACGAGCAUAUUGUAAGACCUACUAUUGAAAAAUAUGGACAAAUUCCUAUACACUUACAAGGAAUUGAUAUAAUGCAUGAUGAUCCUAGUGAAGCAAAAGUUAUAUAUGCAAAGCUAGUUAAUAAAACUGAGGUUUUGCAAAAGAUAGUAGAUGAAAUUGUAGACUAUUAUGUCAAGAUAGGUUUAAUAAUCAAAAGUAAACGUCAGACAAACAAACUGCAUUUAACUCUUAUGAAUACAAAAUUUCAAAUAAAUGAAGAAGAAAGAAAUAGUAAAAACUUUAUAACAUUUGAUGCAAGAGAAAUAUUGAAGGCUCAUGAAAAUACAACUUUUGGCGAAACCAUAUUAAAACAAAUUCACAUAUCGCAACGUCAUACAAUUGGUAGUAAUGGAUACUAUCUAGCAACUGCAAAAAUUAAUCUACUUGAAGGUUUAUAAAUGAAUUGUAUAUGAAUUUAUAUAUCCAAUUAUUUUUUAAAAUACCAAAAUUAUAAGAUGGCAAUUGGAUAUAAAUAAUUCGUAUAGGAAAUACUUGGUUUAAAGAUAAGAUAUUUUCUAAAAAUAUAUUAUCAUGUUUUUUUAAAGUUAUUAUCCUGUUUUAAAUGAAAUUUUGUAUAUUUCUGUUAUUAUAUAGCUUUUAUUUUACUAAAGUAUUUCAUAAGGUAAAUAAUAAUAUUAAAUAUAUCUAUGAUACUAAUACAAGCAUUUAUAAUAAGUAAUAAUUGUAAUUAAUCAUUAAAACUUGAUGAGUUGUAUUUAUGUUUACAGAUGAAUACAGAUUUUCCUAUAUAAUUCAUUCUUUAGAUAUAUUUGCAUAUUAAUGUAAAUAUUCUGGAUUAAAAUUCUACAUAAUUUCAUAAUGUAAA